GACCUCGAAGAGAAGGCAGAAAGGUUGCGAAGCCUACUUGAGGAGGAGGAGAUCCUUGUGGAACAGUACAGCCGGGUGGAGUCUGAGUCGAGGGAACGUUUGGAGGAAACAAGGAAUCAAGUUGGUGAGUUCCUGGACUACAUCCACGAAGAGCUGAUCGGCUUAGAAAAGGUGAGAACGGCAGCAUGUUUGAACUCGAUGACUAAGAGCUCUACUACGAGGACUGGCGAGUCUGGAGCCGAGGGUGUAGAUUACGAGAAACUUCUCGACGAGUUGGAGGAAGACCUCAAAGUUGUACAUACGGUUCCGAUCGUCCAGGUCAAGAGGGUUCUGAAUAGAUGGGUUGCUUCUAUCAAAAAAGAAGUGGAGAAUCUGUUUGCUUCGAACACCUUACGCCGUGUCACAGCCGAACAAGCGAAACAACUGGAGAGUUCAGGAAAACUUCACGGCUUGAUGGUUCUCUACGUUGACGAUAUCCUGUAUUUGAGUGACAAGGAUGUGAUCGAGGCAGUCCACCGGUUCAUAACUGAGGAAUGGCCCACGUCACCUCUUGAGUGGCUGAACGAGCACAAGGCGGUACGCUACUUGGGGGUUGAGAUCCUUCGAGAGCCUCGAGUUGAUGAACAUGGAAGCCGGCAUCAUGUGUACACCGUUGGGCAGUCGGCGUAUGUGCAGGACCUUCUACGAAGCCACGAAAUGCAGGAGGUACAUCCUACGCAGCUACCAGUGCCUAGAGAGUGGGUGGAGGAAGCUGAGGCUUCUGAUGAAAUCGAGGAGGGCUUUUCGGAGGAUACAUUACGACAGGCCCAGCGGGUCGUCGGAGAAGGCCUUUGGUUAUCCACGCGAACGAGACCCGAUGUCCUGUACGUGGUCAACCAUUUGGCUUCCCUGGUAUCAAAGACCUACGCCUUCAACUUGGAGGACCUCACGGUGAUGAUUGUGCCAUAA